AUGUCCGAGGAAGGUUUAGAUUGGUUACAAUCCAUUUUAACAGAAGUCCAAUUGAGUCAAUUUUUGGUUCCUAUAAGGGAUGAUUUGCAAAUAUCGAGGCUGGAACAUUUUGAUUAUGUUACUACGGAGGACUUAGAAAACAUUGGCCUCAGUAGACCAGGUGCUAGAAGAUUACUGGAGGCCAUUAAAAAGAAGCGAGCACAUCAGAAGAAAAAGAAUCUAAUCAACAAAUUCAUUCCCGUUUCUAAUAAGAAUCACACGAGCAAAAAACAUGAAGAAGCUAUCAUUACAGAUUUUACGUCUUGUCUCAUACAAGAAGCCAAUUUAACCCUGUCUGUUAAGCUAGGAGAUGGCAGUUUUGGGGUCGUAAGAAGAGGCGAAUGGAUAAGCCCCAAUGGUAAAUCCGUGCCAGUCGCAGUUAAAGUCCUCAAAGCGGACGCUCUAAGCCAGCCGGGGGUUUUCGAAGAUUUCAUAAAAGAGGUCCAAGCGAUGCACGUACUUAGUCAUCAAAAUUUAAUUAGAUUAUACGGAGUGGUUCUCUCCCAACCGAUGAUGAUGGUGACCGAACUGGCGCCUUUAGGCUCUCUGUUAGAUUAUUUAAGGAAGCAGUGCGAUCACACCCCCGUACCGAUGCUAUGCGAAUACGCCACACAAGUGGCCACCGGCAUGGCCUAUUUGGAAAGCAAACGGUUCCUGCACAGAGAUCUCGCUUGCAGGAACGUUUUGUUAGCCGCUUUAGAUAGAGUUAAAAUUGGCGAUUUCGGUUUAAUGCGGGCGCUGCCCCAAGAAGAGGAUUGUUACGUUAUGACCGAACAUAAGAAGGUGCCUUUUCCUUGGUGCGCGCCGGAAUCGCUGAGGUUCAGGCAAUUCAGCCACGCCUCUGAUACUUGGAUGUUCGGGGUCACCGUGUGGGAAAUGUUCUCGUUCGGAGAAGAUCCCUGGAUGGGAUUGAUAGGUUCGGAGAUACUGAGGAAAAUCGAGAAGGAGAACGAGCGGCUGGCGCAGCCGGAGGCCUGCCCGCCGCCCGUCUACGCCAUCCUGCUGCGCUGCUGGGCGAAGGAGCCGCAGGAGCGGCCGACGUUCUCCUCGCUGAAGGCCUUCUUCCGCAAGAACGUGACGCCCGUCAUGAAGGCGGUGGGCCGGCAGGACGAGGCCGGGAAAUUGAAGGUGGAAGAGGGCGACGAGAUCGCCAUCAUCGACGGCAGCGCCGAGCUGUAUUGGUGGAAGGGCCAGCACCAGCAGACGUUCAAGAUCGGUUUGAUUCCGAGGUGUUUGGUCGAUCCGAUGCGGCCCAAACAACCCGGAGACAUCAGCAAACCCCUUCAGCAUUCGUUUAUUCACACCGGACACGGGUCGGCGUUCGGGGAUUCCUGGGGCAGUCCAUCGUACAUCGAUGAUAUGUACUUAAAAAAUCCAAUGGAUCCGCCUGACGUGAUUGGCCUCAAGAGGCAACCGAAACCCGUAGUAGAUAUCUGUGAUAGGACGAAAUCUAAAACCGUUAGUAAUUCCCUGAGGAGGCCGGAUAAGCAAUUCAACUAUAAGAAACUGACGAAUAGGGACAGCUUCAAGAUCAAAAACAAGCCGGUGAGGCCGCCUGAACCGAAAAUUGACACGUCAAGGGAGGCGGUUCUCGUCGACAUAUCGCCCGAAGAAUUUCCCUUGACGAGAGUUAGAAAUACUGUGGAAAGCCGGCCGGAAUCUAGAGCUGUAUCGUUGCUGGACGAGCCGAUCGAUGUACCCCAAGAAGAGAAUUCCUGGGAUAUUCCAAACGAGCACGACACAUCAAACAUCAGCCCUCCUCCCUACAACUCUCCACCUUCUUACUCCAAUUCCUCCCUUUUCGCAACCCCCGAAUCUACCAACGAUCCUUUCGACACGUCGAAGGUAUUCAAACAAGACGUCCCCAAGGAGCCCCUUUUUCCCACCGUGUCGCAACCGAACAACUCCGCCUCGACGCCCACCAGCUCUCUCAUGCACAAAAUCACGCAAAAUCUGCUCGAAACGAGCCCCGGCAAGAGCCAGCGGGGCUUCGUGCAAUGCGACAUAUCCAACAGAGGCCUGAACUAUUUCAAAACGAACGGCUUCGACAACGUCGCCGUGUCCAAGCAGGUUACCGUCGCCCAAAAGAACUUGGCCACGCCGGUUAAUAAUACCGAAUGCGACUCGGCGUCUAAUUCGCUCAAGCUGGAGUCGCCCGAUCGGCUGGGAAUCGACAAGCAAUUCCUCUUCGAACUCGAGAAGUGCCUGUUGGGUAAGGAGAAGGAGAGCAACGCGCCAUCGCCGGAUCCCCUUCAGGCGAUGAAGAAGAAAAAUAACGUGCCACCCGACGCCUCUCCGAAGAACCCCAACCAGAUUUAUUCGACCGUGUCGAAGGUGUACUCGAAAACGAUGAACGGUGCUCAAAGGAACGACACGAAUACUGUGAUAAAUAACAUUUGGUUCGAGACAACUGCCAACGGGAACGUUACUCCCAAUAAAAACGUUCAAUUGGACCAAUACUCGCUUACUCAGGACACGGAUCGAUACAGUUCUACUAGACGUUACGAUCCCGUUUACUCGUCUAGUUCUUUCAACGGAACCACUCAUUACGAUUUCGCCACUGACCCCUCGAAUACUAUAGAUCAUCAAAAAGUGAACAAAUACCGCCAAACCAUCUACAACAACAUUUCACCAUCGUCGAACGCUCUCUACAGCAAAGCCAAUCACUACAAUACGGUGGCUUCGGACCGAGAUCCGUACUCUUCGAACUGCUUGUACAAAAACCAAUCUACGAGCUACGGUUACAGCAGCGUGGCGAGCAGCGUUUCAGGCAGGCAGUACGGCGAAGUGGUGGACGAUCUCUACCACGAAAUACCGGAGAACCUCUACAGCGACAUCGCUCAGGACGACCCCCUCAAACCUCACAGGCCGGCUCCUACCAAACCUACUUCGAUGCAACCGUUGAGUAUGCAACAAAUCCAGAGGAAAAUUCAACAAGGCGUGUUGAGCGCCGAUGCGGAACGUUUAAUGACGCCGGAAUACCGCAGCAAUAAGAUAAGCCAGGUGAGGGAUUGUCUGCCUGACGUGGAUAUUGACGAGUGUCUCUCGGUGCUGCAAUCGAAAGGGUGGGACGUUGCGAAUUCUGUGAAAACGUUGAAAAUCAAUAAGCUGCUAAGGUUGGGUUUAGCAGAUCAGGCUCGGUGCGAGGCGGCUUUGCACCAAACAAACUGGAAUGUCGAGUUGGCUGCUUCGGCGAUUCUCGAUUUCUGA